CCGCAGUAUCACUAGAUUUCUGCACCACUCAUCAAAACUCUGCGGCAUGCAGACAAGAGCUGGGGGGGAGGGCAGUUAAAAGAUCUGUGCUGAUUGUAGGAGCGCUACCUCUUUCCAUUAGUACCCGUUUUGUGUUAUUAGAUAGGUUUACAGUAGGGCUUUAAUUUCAUUUCAUUUGUGCGUCCGUGCGCUGCACCGCUUUCAUUUGCUGCUCCUCAUAAUCACUGGGCUUCAGUCACACUCUCCAUCCGCUCCAUCCCGGCGCGCAUCGCUCUAAGGGCGCAUUUAUUUAGUGCUUUGGAGUACCAACUUUUAUGACAAAAUGGCAAAGGAUGGAGAGAAAAAUGAAUGGAAGGAGUUUAUAUGGAACCCGAGGACGAGGGAGUUUCUGGGCAGGACGGCGAGCAGCUGGGGUCUUAUUCUUCUCUUCUAUCUAAUUUUCUAUGUCUUCCUGGCUGGCUUGUUUGCACUCACCAUGUAUGUUAUGCUGCAGACCUUGGACGAUCACAAGCCAACCUGGCAGGACAGGCUCUCUACACCAGGAAUGGUGAUUAGACCCAAAGCAGAUGAGACCUAUGAGAUUGUCUAUGACAUCCAGAACACCGAGACCUGGGACAUGUAUGCUCAGGCUCUGGACAGGUUCCUGGCACCCUACAACAACUCCGUCCAGUCCCAGAAAAAUGAUGAAUGUGUCCCAGAUAAGUACUUUGUGCAGGAAGACAGUGGUGAUGUAAAGAACAACCCAAAGCGCUCCUGUCAGUUCAACCGCACCAUACUGGAGGAAUGCUCUGGAAUCAAUGACCGUUACUAUGGAUACCAGGAGGGCAAGCCAUGCAUCAUCAUCAAGAUGAAUCGGGUGAUUGGGAUGCUGCCAGGAAAGAACGGGCAGGCGCCGUAUGUCACCUGUGGAGCGAAGAGAUACAAAGUUGGCAAAGAUGAAUGGAGAGAAGAUAGUGACAAAAUUGGAGAGUUGAUGUACUUCCCUCCAAAUGGCACUUUCAACCUUAUGUACUACCCGUACUAUGGCAAGAAAGCUCAGGUGAACUAUUCUCAGCCUUUGGUUGCCGUCAAGUUCCUUAACAUUACUGUCAAUGAAGAUGUCAACAUCGAGUGCAAGAUUAACGCCAACAACAUUCCCAUUGGAAGCGAAAGAGACAAGUUUGCUGGAAGAGUGUCUUUCAAGCUGAGGAUCAACACUAUGAACUAGGUUGACCCUGUCCCUCUUCCGAAAACUAUUUUUCUUCAUUCUCUGCAACAUUGCACAUACACAGAAAAAAAUCGCAGUAUUCACACCCUUUGUAGGAUUUGUUUACAACCCCAACAUUCUGGGAUUUGUUUGUUCAGUUGGGUGACGAAAUGAGGCAAGAAUAAAGGGUGGUAAUCCUGUCAUUAUUUCUGUCUGUGAGCUUUGGGACACAUUCUUUUCUGUAAAUUAGUUUGAGGUGACGUCUAUUUAUAGUGCAUGACAAACUAGGGGAUAUACGUAACGGAAGUAAACGUGUUUUCAAAGUUUGCAAGGAUCAGCAACGUUACCAGUUUCUUGCUGCUCCCUUCCUGCUGCCUCCUUAUAGAGUAUCCCUCUAUAUAUAAAUAUACACAAAUUACAAUACAAAAUGUGUAUAUCUACAGUAUUUAUACGGUAUCAUAACCUUAUAUGAGUACGUCUGUUUUGUUGCACUUAAAAGAAUAAUCCAACAGACUUGCAUAUCUUGAUGGAUGGAUGCAGAGAUGAAGCCAUUUUGCAUGUGUGUAUCGUCUUUAGUGUGCUAUGAGGGCAGGAGGCCCAUGUGUCCCACCUCACUGCUACGUGUGAAAUAAGGUUAUGUUAAACCGCUGACCACCAGGAGGGACCACAUGGUGAUUUUCGGAACCAGACACGCACCAAGGGUGUGUUUUCAAGAGCGAAGUACAGUACAAUAGGUAUCUGCAAAAGUCAAAACCUUUAAGAAGCGUGAGUGUGUUCAUGUGUAUGUGUUUGUGUGUGAGUACAUGCGUGUGUUUUCCAUUCACAGGUCUCAUUUCAUAUUGUAGGUCGGGAAGUUGCAUGCAAUGUGCAAUAUUCAUUAAGAGGCAUACAUUAUGAAUGCUUGAUCCCAUUCUUCAGAUGAGAGGACAUGUAUUAAAUAAUCAUCAUUUUUUUGUCAUUUGUCAUUCACACUUAUUUGACCUGAGGGUAUCUUAUAUAAAUAGAUGGGAUACAUAUUGGGUUGCAGGUCAAAUUAAUCAAUGCUAUGAGACAGUACAUCAGUUAUAAUUUAUACAUCUUAAGAGUAUCAAUUAAUUAAAUUAAUUUCUGAAUUGAUCAUUGAGACCUAUCCUCCUGCAGCACUGGGAAUCACAUGUCAUUUUCCCUUUUCUUGUGUCUCAUUUUUAAGUUAAAAAGUUUUUUUUUUUUUUUAUGUGUUGCAUCUAUUUCAUAUGUCUGUACAUAUCAGAAAUAGAUGGCAGUGUCAUACUUUCAUUUAUUUGCACUGGAAGUGUGCUUUUCUUUGUUUUGUUUGUGAAACUGAGUUGAAUUAUUUGCUGUACAUAUUCUGGGAGGCAGAAAGUUUAGAGAGUUUGUGUUUAUUCCCUUUAUUUAAUUCAUCUUCUGACAUAUUCACCCAUAUACAAUAGGUUGCAUCUUAUUUUAAAGUUAAUUAGAGUUUAAAUAUGUGAAUUGUUGAUACGUGUAAGUUUUAUUUUAUAGGCUGAUAGGACAACUGGAUUUUGCCUCUUUGACUAUAUACAUUUUUUUUUUUUUCAAUUUCAUCAAUUCUUAUUCAUACAAAAACAGUUUUCAAUAAUCAGGGAGAGCUGUGUUGGUUGCUCGACAACCACUUUGACUUCUUGAGAAAUCUAAAAUUUCCCCCGUGUUUUGAGUUGAUUAUUAGUGCAAAAAAUUUGAAAUUGCUCCAGAGACUGUAUCUGUGUUAAUUCAUAUUAACAGUGUAAAAGACAAGCAUCUGUUCGCUGUAUAUUAAGGUCUGGCUGCAUUUUACUCAAAUUCUCCCCACUUCUUGCAGUGCUUUAAAUUGAUUUUCAUGAAUCUGAUCCAGGUUUGAAAGACAAAGACAGUUAGUUCGGUGUAAAUAUCUGAGAGCUUGUUCUUACUGAGGGAUGCUUAGACUCUUUAACUUUUUGUGACAAUCCACUGACCAUUUUACAUGCAUUUCUCCUCUGGGAUUCCUGUAACACUUACUUAAUUUCACUGUAAUCUCUUAAUCUGGUUGGCUAAUCCACAGCAGGCACGCUGAACGUCUUUACCCUACUUUGUUGCUCCUCCUCCCUGUUUCCUCCAUCAUCUUCUUUACAAGCAAGACGCUUCCUCGCCUUGUUAGGUCAUUCAACCCUUAGUCAAUAAUAAAUUAAUGCUUUUAAUUGCAACUAAAAUCUUUUACUCAUGUCCAUCUUGUGAACUUUUUAACCAUCCUCAACCAAAGAUCUUCCUGACAGUUUAACAUUCUUUUGUUGUGCUGCACAGACAGAUUACUAGCAGCAGAUGUAGGUUCCAGGUGGAUGGCUGAGGACUCUGUGUUAUUAUAAAGCCUAGUGUUAUAUAAUAAUAAUACGCACAAUAGGAAGAUGUUUCACUACGACAUAACAGUGCCUCCUGGUGGACAGACAGUGUUGUUCCCCAGUGUCACAGAAUGUUAUUUCCUGUUAUCUCCAUUUAUCCUUUUUUUGCUGUGAUAAUUUGGAGAUGUCCUCAAAAAGCAAUAUAUUUAUUUCUCGUGUGGUUGUUUGAUGGAUGUAAUGAAAAGGUUAGUAAUCAUGAAUCAUCGAAAGCAAAGAGCUAAGAGGGGAGAACUUGUAGAUAUUGCAUUCAGGCAACUCUGCCAAUGUGCAUUAUCAAGAUGGAACAAUAUAAAAAGUAUUGUUUUGUUUAUAAGAGUAUUUUUAUUGCUAUUUUGUUGUAAAGAAAAGGAAAGAAUGUAUUAUUAUUGGAUUGUAUCAUGUCAAGGAAGCUACUAGAUGGGUUUUCAUCAUUGUUUAAUGAAAGUCACAGAAUUUGGUUGGUAAAAGGGAGUUUUUUUAUGUAGAGAUGUUUAUUUGUUAUUGUCUGAGUCCUUUCCUCUGUGUCACAUGAAUCUGGUAAGCCUUCAGUGAAUGCUCUCUUUAGCAACUGCUCAUGUUAGGUAUGUAGAUGGGUGUAUCAGAACAUCAUGUCACGGUGAAUAGAUAAAAACGAGCAGUGCUUUAAGAGAAUGUUCACGUGCAAAACCUCCAGAUUCUUUUCAGUACAGAACAGAACUGCAGCAGAGCCCAGCACAAAUGUUACAGAGAGCCAUGUUUUCAUGUUUUCAAUAAAAAGAAGAAAUACAACUAACCCCAUCCCACCCUCCUCGCCGUAUAGAGUACUAACGCCUGAGACUGGUGCAAGGAUAGUUCAAGAGGGAAAUCCACAAAAUACAUUGGGAUAUUCUCACCCUAAUGGAUGAUAAUUCUAUUCUCAAUCUUUAUUUUUUGCUCUUACUGUAUGUAUAUUUUUGCUCAUGUUUACCGCAAAACAAGAUAGAGAAACUAAUAAAUGUCAUUUAAGGGUA